AUGUCGCAGCCCGGCGAUGCGGAAGCUGCAGACGGAGAAGGUGAUCCCGCUCGGAUGAGCGACUUCCUCGCCGAGGAAGAUGACGACGACUAUGGACAGCACCCCUCGCAUUUGGACGAAGGUGCUUCCGAGCAUGACGACGACGAUGAGGAGCUUCUACCUGAACCGGCUCCUGGAGGCUCUCGAGGUCGUGGGCGGCAAGGACCGAGGUCUUCCCCUUCUUCUACGGGUUCCGAUGGAGCCAAGACGGGUUCCGAUGGAGCCAAGAAGGACAAGAUCGCGGAGCUGUCCGGGCCUGAGAAGGAGAAGAGCAAGGAACGAGCGCAACGGCGCCCGCGUGGCAAUUUGCCACAGGCUCCAAGCUUCGACGGGGACCGCCGCAAGGACCCUAAGUGCUUCAGGAAGUACGCCACCAAGGUGGAUUCCUACGUGGAGAUCGCGAAGAAUAUCAUCGACGACGCCGAGAUCGGGCUGAGGCUCCAUGCGGCGCUCGACGGUGAGGCGGCGGACUACCUGGAGGACGUCCCGGCGAAGGUCUUCGGCGUCGACAAGGGCUGGCAGGUACUGUUGAAGCUCUUGCGGGAUAAGUUCGAUGAGAAGCGUAUGCAUAAAGUAGGGUCGGCCAUGAAAGGUUUCUUCAAGUUGAACCUCUCCGAUAAGACCUAUACGAUGUCUGAGGUAGUGGACUUGAUGGACCGAGCUGCCCGAAGGUGCCGCGAAUCGAACUUAACGAUCCCGGACGAGGUCAUGGUGUUCUUCUUCUUCGAGCACACCGCCAUGUCGACCGAGAGGCAGGCGAACUUGCUUUUGCGCACCGGCGGUGAGUACAGCUGGAAGAAGAUGAAGCAGGCGGUCGAGCUGCUGUACCAGAAUGUGACUGUCAGGUCUGGCCGUGACCGCGAUCCUAAUCCGGGCUUCCGCGGCCGACAAAGGGCUGCACACGAGGCGCAUAACACUAACGAGUGGAAUGCGGACCUUUGGAGAGUUCCCGAGCCUUACGCCUCGGAGGAUCAGGUAGGCAACUGGCUGUUCGAUCAUGAUCCUGUCGAGGCCCUUGCCGAGGUCGAGUUGACUGAGAUCCCGGAGUCCAUGGCCCGUGAGCUGCACGAGUGUUUCGCUUCCCACCGUGAGAACAGGCAGCGGCUUGCGCGUGCAGUACAGGCCCGCGGCUACUACGUUGGCGGCGGCAAGGGCAAGGGCAAAUCCGGCGACAAGGGCAAGGGCAAGUCCGGCGAGAAGGGCAAAGGCAAGGCGCGGAAGGGCGGCAAGGCACGCGGUAUGUCCUUGGAGGAGCUGAAAGCCCGCACGUCGUGCGGGGAUUGCGGCCAGAAGGGACAUUGGCGUGGCGAUCCAGAGUGCCGUGGAGCUAAGAAAGCCAAUGAGGCGGGCCGCGUGCCCGACGACGACCAGGAGGACGAUGAUGGGGCUGACGAUUGGUACGGCCAGUAUGAUGAUGCAUCCUGGCAACAAUGGGAGGCCCAACGUUGCGGCUACCCGGUGCGUCGUUCUACCUCUGAGGCAAGGUCUGCUGCGGCGACUACUACCACUUCGGCCUCUGCUGCUACUCCUACCACUUCGGCCUCUGCUGCUACUAACUCUUCCGACUUCCUCGCCCGCGAGUCCGAGGCGGUGGCCAGAGGGAUUAACCGUGUGCGUCAGAAGGCCGGUGGCAGCCGAGAUGUUGGGGCGACUGAUGUUCGGAAGGCCCUGGCUCAGGAUAGCGGCGCGCAGGUCACCGACCUUCAGAACAAGAUGACCAGUCAGCAUCGGGCCUCGAUGCCAAUGAGCCCGAGCACGGAAGCUGUGGCCCGGGCGUUCGAGCAUUUCGGCUUGGAUGUGGUGGCGCAUUCCAGCAAGGGGGUGCUCGAGCUGUUGGAGGACCCGGACGAGGACCUCCCCGACAUCGAGACCUUGAGGAAAGUGACGGCAGUGCGCCGGGUGCCCUGGACCAAAAUGUCGAAUCCGGACUCGGUGCCACGUGGAGUGCAGAACAACAUGCGGCGCCCACCGACGGUGGCUGAUGGACGUUGCUACUUGACUCUCGACGCUGCGUGCGAAAACAGUGUGUCGGGCACGACCAUUCUUCAAACCAUUUCAGCCCGGAUGCAGCAGCAGUUCUCUGUGAAGCCGAUCAUAAGACCAGAGUCUGAGACCUACUGCUUCGGCCCAGGCGCACCCACGGUGUCACAGGAGCGCUGGAUGGUGCCAGUCGGCAUUCGAGGACGGCCGUGUGUGAUUGCCACUUCCUCGAUCCCCGACCAGAACGGUGCCAAGAUCCCUUUCCUUGCGGGCCAGGACUGGAUGCUGUUCAUGAACGCGUGCCUCGAUAUCGGUCGCAGCCUCGCGAUCUUUCGUGAAAUCGGAGUCCAGGACGGCUACCCCGGAGUGCUUUUCGAACAGUCGGGAAGGAAUGCCAACGAAAACAAUCGCAGUAAGAAUGCUAAGAUCACCUUUUCGCCGACGCACAUCUAUGAGCCCAAUGACGCGAGUGAAGGCAUACCUUGCACUGUGGCAGCAGAUCACUGGGAAUUUCAAGUAGACAAGCAGGUGUAUGUGCGGCACCACUGCCGGCCUCGGACGACUUUGUUCGCUCCGGGCGAUACGCUGGAUGGGCCGGACCCUAAGGAGCUGCAGCCAGUGCGCAUCACCAUGAAAGCAGGGUCGGCAGAACCAGCAUGUGACGAAUGGGGCAGUGGGGUCGAGACGGUUUCGGGUCCUUGGUUCGGGGCUACUUACUUCUUGGGCAAGGGCGCCAGUACCUCUCAUGUGCACUUCACGCCGUUGCCCGCAUUUGUGACUGUGCAGUUUGACGAUGGACUUCCAAGCCCCCCGAAGCACCACAACCUCUUCGCAAAGGGCGAUUCAGCAUUCCGGCGGGUGAGUUCGGCUCUGAAGCUAGCAAUUUACAGCCUCGCGGACCACCUUCCGAUGCACAAGCCCACGGCCGCUCGUCGCAAGAGCCGCGUGGAGGCAUGGGGUCGCAUGGUCGAGGGCUUGACGGCGCUGAUCGACCUGGUCAGCCGGCACGUCAUGAUGAACAUGGUGAUUCGCAACGUGAAGGACAAGAUGCCCGCGCUCACCAGUUACACGGAAGCCCUCUAUGCCAAGGAGAUCCUCCCAGAGACGAUGCCAGCGACGGGACCUCCAGCGACGACGAACCCUCGCGGCCAGGUCAAGAAGGCGGUGGCGGGACCGUAUCCGAAGGAACCCGAACAUUGCCGGCAUCCACUGGAGUGUGCGAGGCGACAUGGCAAUGCGGCGGGCCGCUUCAAGGAGUGCCUUCAAUGCGGGACCGUGUGGUCCGGGAUCCUCUACCAGGUGCCCUACACGAAGGAGGAGAUUCCGGUGUACCCGUACCUCCACGGGUAUCGGCCCACUCCCGGCGCGACCAUCAAGCUCUUUGGGCGGACGGCUCCGCAAGCGAGAGGUCCCCUCAAAAAGCUUGUCCGAAUGCUAUUCGUGCUCUCGCAACUCAUCGGGGAAACCACCUUCGGCAGCCUCGAGAACGGCAUCCAAACCAGUUUCGUCCGAGGUGUCUCGCCAGAGUCCGAGGAGGAGCCGAUCAACCUGAAGGACCUGCCCCCUGCGGAGCGCGAGCGCAUCAAAACACUGGCGGCCCAGCGCUUGGAGGACAAGCGUCAGGCAGCAGCCAGCAAUCGCAGGCAGCAGGAGGCGGCGUACCACACGGGUCGCAACAUGGAGGAGCCCAUGAGGGUGGUCUUCGAAGCGGAGGCCGAGCAGGACUCCUGGGAUGCGGUGACAGUGAGCUCCGAGGCCGUUGAUGCGAGGAUCGAUGCGAGCCGGUGGCCGCGAGUGAAAUUCAACUUUGAUAUGGUCGAGAUUUUCGGCGGCACUAGCCAGGUCUCGGUUCGUGCGGUCCACCACUGGAACUUGAAGGUGCUGCAGCCCAUUGACAAUCGGUAUAUGGCAUCGACCUUCGACGGCAAGACCAACGGCGAUGGCUGCGCAACGCCCUCGAGGAUCUUCCAGGAGCUCAUAAUCGACGUCUUUAAGGACCAGCGCGGCCGAGGAGGACACGUGAUUGCGGAAUGCCCUGUGAACUAUCAGGGCGCGGUCGCCCUCAACCUUGAAGGCGGCAGCUGCAUCACCUCCGAGAACCUCCGGAUGCCGAACCACGUAAAGUACAACAAGCACGACGGCGACCGUACAUCCCGCUUCAUCGCCACGCACCCGACCUUACUCGAGAACUUGCUGGAUCGGUGCCAGUGUGACGGCAAAGGCUUGAUCCACCCGCCGAGCUUGGGUGAUGCUGUGUGCCGGGCCUACCUCGACUUAAUUGCGGCCGAGGACUUUGGCUUCGCGAGCACAUGGUCUCCGACCUCCAGCAAAGCCGUGCGCUACGUAGACGUGAAGCGGGAGGAGGAGGCUUGGAGGCCUCUUCUACAACAGGCUGAGGAACUGCUGGGUCGCAAGGUGCAGGCGAGUUUGCUGGUGCACCCGGACACCGACCUCUACAAGAAGGUGCAGGAGCUUGUGCCGUGGCAGUUGGCGUUGGUGCAGGUGGCCCACCUUCCAAAGGCAAAGCGUGUGAAGGCCGGGCUGGAGGAGUGUCAUCGUGCAUCGGUGUUGCUUUUGAACGACGACACCAUUGUGAUCGAGACUGAGUACCUCAAGGAAGCGCAAGCCCCGCGGGAGCGCUUCGUCACCCCAGUCCGUUACGCCAUCUUCGUGCUUGGCUAUGCUCCCGGCGAACCAAAAGGCCCUUCUCCUGUACAACCUCCUCCUGCUCAGAUCCUUCCGGGCGACGAGCUGGUUCGCGAUGAGGUGCAGGACGGGCUUGUUCAAGAAGGACUAGUGCGCCAAGAUUUCGCCGGGGAAUGUUGGUUCAUCGGAGGUCCUCUGCGGGAAAAAGAGAAGGCCAUGGCAAGGGCCUUGGUGAGAAUGCACCGCAAUCUUGGGCACCCUCGUAUGGAGGACAUGGUUCGAGCCUUGGCACAGAACGGCAAGGUUGAUCCUGAUGCGGUCGCUCUGUGUCGUCGUCUUCGGUGUGCCACCUGUGAGAGAACCAGGCGCCCGCUGCCGGCUCGACCCACCUCUUUGAAAGUUAUGGGACAGUUCAAUUCCAAGGUGUGUUUGGACUUCGUUCACAUUUCGGACGCGGAGAAGGUGACCCACCGUUUCCUCCAUGUGUUGGAACCGAAUGGCUCGUUCAACCUCUACUACCCCAGCAAGACGCGACAGCCCGAGGACGUGUUCAACAUUUUCUGUGAUGUAUGGUCCUCCUGGGCUGGGUUUCCAGACUACCUUCAUUGCGACCGUGAUGGGGCUUUUGAGGGUUUCUUCCUGGAUAAGAUGCGACACCUGGGUGUCGAGGUGGAGUUUGUGCCCGCGGAGGCGCAUUGGCAAGCGGGCCAGAUCGAAGCAUAUAAUCGAGCCUUCCGGUACGCUGCGGAAAAGCUGGUCGAUGAGCACCAGCUGGUCGGCGAGGUCGACAUGAAGAUCCUCGGCGCCACCGUGAGUGCCAGUCUGAAUGAAAAGGUGAAGACGUGCGGCUGCUCGGCCAACCAGUGGGUGUUUGGAAAGGACCCCAAGGCCCCCUGGGAUCUACUGAGCCCUGACGGGCGGAUUGAGGCGCUACAGGGGCUUGACGCGGAUUACGAGCUACGCCGACGUCAACAAGUGCGCUCGGCCUCUGACCAGAAGAUUGCUGAGUUCACUGUGAACGAUUCAUUGCGUCGGGCUGUGCUCCGUCAGGGACGACCGACGAGGCAGAACUACGAGCCCGGCGAGCUGGUGGCUUUCUGGAGAGAGGCCAAGAUGAAGAAGGACCCGCGGACUAAGAAGGCCCGUCGGGUUCCCGGCGGAUGGUAUCGCGCCACCGUCAUUGGACCUCACCGCGGCGACGAAGGACAAAGCAACUACUGGCUCUCCUCGGGCGGAGUACCAUUGAUGAGCGUGGAGCCGGACCCGGAGAAGGCGCAUCUGACGACGAGCGGGGCGAACUUCCACUACGUGACCAAGUUGGAGAACCUCGUGACGAUCCGGGAGAACUACCACCAGAACCUUCCGGAGAACCUCGGGAUGAUCCCGGAGAACUACCAGCAGAACCUUCCGGAGAACCUCGGGCGGGGUCAUGUCGGUCAGCCUCCAUCUGCGGCAGUGGACGCAGUUGGGGCUGAAGCAAGCGAGAGUCACAACACGUACCUGACCAACCGCUACAUCCCGGUUACGGUUACUGCUCAGGAACUCUUCGCGAAGCCUACAGGGAACUUCCAAAACGCCGUGCUAGCCACGCUGACCGAGCGGGGUGCCUACCAGACCAGGAAGGACCAGAAGGCCUUGGAGAAGGAAAUCCCCUACUCCAUGAUCGAGGAGCAGGACAAGCCGGCGUAUCACGAAGCGUUGGUCAAAGAGUGGGACACAUGGCAGAAGUAUGAAGCCGUGGCACCCCUGAGCGUUGAGGCGAGCCGCGCUGUGGAAGCUCAGUUUCCUCCGGAGCGCAUUCUGCCAAGCCGGGUGUGUUACCGGAACAAGAACGCGGCCUUCAAGUGGCUCCCCUUGAAAGCCAAAGCUCGGCUGGUGUGCCGGGGCGACAAAGACCCAGACUUGCUGGAACUUCGUCGAGACGCUCCCACCAUGACACGGAUGUCACCGAUGGUGUUGAUGCAGCUUGCGGCCAGUUUUCGGGAUUGGUUCUUGUUCACGGCGGACGUGACAGGAGCUUUCUUGCAAGGCGACCAAGGGCUCGCAUCCCGACAGCUGCCCCUUUUCAUCAGGCAGCCGCGUGAGGGACUUCCAGGUUUGCUGGCGGGCCAGUUGCUACUGGUCGUACGAGGAAUUUUCGGAUUGGCGAACAGUCCGAGGCUGUUUUGGAGACACUUGCGCGACACCCUCAAGAAACUUGGCUUCGUGCAGUCCACUCUCGACAAGGCCCUCUUCUUCUACUACAAGGCAGGACGUUUAAUCCUCGCUUUGGGGACGCACGUCGACGACUUGCUCGGAGCCGGGAAACCAGGCGAAGCCGACGAAGUACUUAAGAGAGUCAAGGACGCUUUCGACUUCGGCGCUUGGUCAGACAGCCGUGAGGAAGCGGUGCUUGAGUACGGCGGCAAGCAGCUGGCGAAGCUCCCCGACGGCACGGUCACCCUCAGCCAGGCCAAGUUCAUCCAGGCGAUCGACAUUAGCCCAGUGCCGAGAUGGAGGACGAUUACGCCGAGCGCUUCACUGUCGGCGACUGAGGCAACAGAACUUCGCUCAGGAGGCGGUUGCCUUCACUGGCUGAUUGGCCAGACGCGCCCGGAUUUGGCUGCCGGGACGAGCCUCUACAUGAGCGGACAGCCGACAGUGCAGAACCUGGUGGAGGUGAACAAGUUGUUGAAGGAGGCCAAGGCUUCGCAGGACUGGUGCCUACGUUUCGUGCCGAUUGACUUCGAGUCGGCCAAGAUCGUGGUGUUCACCGACGCCUCGUGGGCAAACGCGCCCGGGUUGAAGUCACAGGCUGGCUACCUGACCUUUCUGACAGGGCCGGAGGUGUUCACACCUGAAGGGGACUCGGCAUCUCUGUUGGAUUGGCGAUCGCACAGGAUCCAACGCCAGUGUCGUAGUACUCUGGCGGCCGAGACGAUGUCCCUGGACUGCGGGUUCGACAGUGGCAUCUUCGUGCGGGAGCUCCUGGCCGAGGCGCUCGUGAUGAGCUACUCCCCGGUGCAGAGUGGCCAAUUGCCGCCACGUUUCUUGGAGGUGCAUCCGAUAACCGACUGUCGGAGCCUCUACGACCUGUUGACAAAGGACGGUCCUGUUUCGUCGACUCAGGAGAAGAGAUUGACGAUAGACGUAGAAGCGAUCAAGCAAAGUGCGGCUGAGUUUGAUGUUGACAGCGAGGAACUUCGUGGCACUUUCAAGUGGGUUGACACGACUAGACAGCUAGCGGAUCAUCUCACUAAAGUCAAACCACCGCAUCUGCUUCGCGAUCAGCUUUGCGCUUCAGGAGCUGGCUAA